AUGACAACUUCAUCGACUUAUUCUUCUACUACUCAAAUACCAAAAAUUAUAAUGAUAAAUAAGCAGUACAAUUAUUCAAAUUUAUAUUAUUCCUGGUCUAUAUUAACAGUAUUCAUUCUUCUUAUAUACAAUCCUAUAUUAGUCAUUGCUCAACAAAUUCAACCUGUAUCGACAUUGACAUCGAAAGCACAAACAAUCACAACAUCAAUAACGACAAUAUUAUCUGAUGAGGGUAAUAUUUAUUAUACUGACAAUGAAAAUAGUGAUGGAGAAGGAGAUAUUUAUGAUGAUCAAGUAGACUCUAAUGAUAAUUCACCUUCAACAAUUAUUUCACAAACUAAAUCACAAAAUAAUAUAACAUCACAGUUCAAUGGUGAAGCACAAGAAAAGGAAUAUGAUGAUCCAGAUUCAUAUACAGACGAAGAAGAUGGACUAGAAAAUCAAAUAUAUGGUAAUACAAUGUCUGUUAAUCGUGCUGAAUUAGAUCAUACAGUUAGUGAACCUGUUAAUAAAAAACCUACUACGAUUGAAACAACAUCUCGAUUACCUUUUAUAUCAUCUGAUCUUUGGCGGGAUCUAUUCACUAGACCAGCUAUCCUUGUUGGUGUUGUGGGUGGUAUUGUUAUUGGUAUGCUUUCAGCUAUUCUUCUUAUUAUGUUUAUAAUUUAUCGAAUGCGUAAAAAAGAUGAAGGUUCAUAUGCAUUAGAAGAAAGACCAAGCAAAUCACCAUCACACGCAUAUACAAGAGUAUCAUCAAGAGAAUUUUUUGCUUAA